AUGGAUCGCAGUCUCGAUGAGAUCAUCGCCGAGGACACAUUUGAGGCUCAGCGAAAGCAGCCUCGCCCUUCUGGUGGACGUCGCGGCCAGGGCCGCCGGCGCGACCAUGAUGGCGUUAGAAAGGUAACUGCUUCACCUCACCCUGUCUACUUGGAUAUCCCGAUGUCGCAUUGCGACUGGGUACAUGACAAGUACGAAGAUAACCGAGAGGCUCGUCCGGCCCGUGGCUCUCGCCGAUCCCGCCAGUCGCCGUCGCCUGACCGUGGCCCUACAUUGACCAAGGUUCGCGUCGAAAACCUUCACUACGACAUCACAGAAAGCGACCUCGAGGAUCUAUUUGGCCGAAUUGGGCCUGUCUCUGCAUUGUCUCUUGUCUACGAUCGCGCUGGUCGCUCCGAGGGUGUUGCUUUCGUCACCUACGCCCACCUGAAAGAUGCACACACCUCGCUCCGGGAGUUUGAUGGCGCCAAUGCCAAGGGCCAGCCCAUCCGCCUUGCGCUUGUGCCGGGCCGCCGCGAGCGAAACGCCUUCGACAGUGCCGAACGUCCCAAGUCCAGCCUCUUCGACCGUGUUGAGCGUCCACACGGACGCGAUGCCCGCAGUCUGAGUCCCGGGUCUGCCAGCGAUGGUGGCCGUCGUCGUCGUCGGGGAGGCCGUGCGCAUCGCAGUGAUGUCUCCAAGCCAGCCCCAGACCAUAUUGAUCGCUAUGUCCCCGGUCAACGUUCCCCCGUGCGCCGGAAUGGCGGGAGGCGUGGUGGCGGCCGCGACAACCGGACUCGUGGCACGGAUAACUCCAACCGACGCACGGUGAAUGGCCGCCCUCGCAAGACGCAGGAGGAGCUGGACCAAGAGAUGGAGGACUACUGGGGUGGGAACGACAACGCUGGCGCGGGCACUGCCGAGCAGCAGCCUGUCCAGAAUGAGCCGCAGCAGGUUGCACCGGCCUCGGCUGCCGCCGCUGGCGACGAUGAUAUCGACAUGAUCGAGUGA